AUGUUUCCCACGGCCCGAUGCCUAGCUGCAAAGCCAUCCGGCUUCCUCAAACGCAGCGUCGAGGAAUUCGGUCGUCUGUCCCGAAUCGCUUGGAACAGCGAAGCCCUCCACACCCCAACCAAGCCCUACGUCCUCCUCGACUUCGAAGAUGAGUCGUCCGUCGCCAGCUGCAAGACCAUGGCCGACCGCGUCGUCGGAGGUUACAGCACCGCCAGUCUCGACUACGUCCCGGCCGACGCGGCCACGAACAGUCCGGCACAUGCUCGAUUCCAUGGAAGUAUCUCGACUAAGCUUCCUAAGAACUGGCGCGUUGAGCGGACAGGCUACGCCGCCUUCCGCAACCACGACCGCGGCCUCUGGCUCUUCGGUCGCCUCUACUGGGACGUCGACCCGUACACGUACCUCGCACUACGAGUGAAGUCCGACGGCCGUCGAUACACCGUCAACAUCCAGACGGAUUCCAUCGUCGACACCGAUAUCCACCAACACCGCACGGGAUGGGAGACGAUCCUGUUGCCGUUCAACUCGUUUGUGCGCACAAAUCACGGUAUGGUGGUUGAGCCGCAGACGUCGAUCAUUCGGCAGAGGAUCAAGAGUGUAGGCAUUGGGUUGACGGACCGUGUGGAGGGGCCGUAUGAUUUGAGGAUUCAGAAGAUUUGGGCAACGAAUGGUAUGAGUGAGGCGGAGAUUGAGGAGGAGAGGAGGAUUUGUGGGGCGGAUGCGUUGCCUGUUGAUGAGGGGGUGAAGACGGGGUGGACCGGUGAGGUGGCUGGUAAGGGACAGAGUCAGAGGGAGAGUGUGAAGGAGACGGCGCAGGGAGAGCCCAAGGCGAAGGGGUUGAAGGGGUUGAAGGAUGAGUGGGAGGCGUAG